AUGGAUUGGUAUUAUGUAGCACCAGUCUCCAAACACAAGCAGCAACAACAACAUCUGAAAGUACAACCGCAACUCCACUUACAACUACCGCCUCUUCUACAGAGACGGCACCAAGAACUGAACCUACAACCGUGGUUACGACAAACUCUCCUACAACUGCAACUCCACUUCCAACUACCACCUCUUCUACAGAAACAACACAAACAACUGAACCUACAACUGUGGUUACGACAAACUCUCCUACAACUGCAACUCCACUUCCAAACUACCACCUCUUCUACAGAGACGGCACAAACAACCGAACCUACAACCGUGGUUACGACAAACUCUCCUACAACUGCAAAUCCACUUCCAACUACCACCUCUUCUACAGAAACAACACAAACAACUGAACCUACAACUGUGGUUACGACAAACUCUCCUACAACUGCAACUCCACUUCCAACUACCACCUCUUCUACAGAAACAACACAAACAACUGAACCUACAACUGUGGUUACGACAAACUCUCCUACAACUGGAACUUCACUUCCAACUACCGCCUCUUCUACAGAGACGGCACAAACAACCGAACCUACAACCGUGGUUACGACAAACUCUCCUACAACUGCAACUCCACUUCCAACUACCACCUCUUCUACAGAAACAACACAAACAACUGUGGUUCCGACAAACUCUCCUACAACUGCAACUCCACUUCCAACUACCGCAUCUUCUACAGAGACGGCACAAACAACCGAACCUACAACCGUGGUUACGACAAACUCACCUACAACUGCAACUCCACUUCCAACUACCGCAUCUUCUACAGAAACCAACACAAACAACCGAAGCUACAACUGUGGUUAUGACAAACUCUCCUACAACUGCAACUCCACUUCCAACCACCACCUCUUCUACAGAAACAACACAAACAACUGAACCUACAACUGUGGUUACAACAACAACUCCUACAACUGCAACUCCACUUCCAACUACCGCCUCUUCUACAGAAACAACACAAACAACCGAAGCUACAACUGUGGUUACAACAAACUCUCCUACAACUGCAACUCCACUUCCAACUACCGCCUCUUCUACAGAAACAACAGAAACAACCGAAGCUACAACUGUGGUUAUGACAAACUCUCCUACAACUGCAACUCCACUUCCAACUACCGCAUCUUCUACAGAGACGGCACAAACAACCGAACCUACAACUGUGGUUACGACAAACUCACCUACAACUGCAACUCCACUUCCAACUACCGCAUCUUCUACAGAAACAACACAAACAACCGAAGCUACAACUGUGGUUAUGACAAACUCUCCUACAACUGCAACUCCACUUCCAACCACCACCUCUUCUACAGAGACGGCACAAACAACCGAACCUACAACUGUGGUUACGACAAACUCUCCUACAACUGCAACUCCACUUCCAACUACCGCCUCUUCUACAGAGACGGCACAAACAACCGAACCUACAACUGUGUUUACGACAAACUCACCUACAACUGCAACU